AUGCACGCCGCCAACACCAUUCUCGCCCUCGGCGCUAUGGCCGCCACCGUUUCGGCCCACGGCCACGUCCAGACUAUCAAGGUCAACGGCAAGGAGUUCCAGGGCUACGACCCCAGCUUCGCCUACCAGACCCCCGCUCCCGAGGUUCCUGGCUGGACUGCUGAGAACCUUGACAACGGCUUCGUCGAGCCCAACUCGUUCGGCGAUGCUGACAUCAUCUGCCACAAGGCUGCCACCCCCGGCAAGGCCUACGUCGAGGCCGCUGCCGGUGACAAGCUUGAGAUCCAGUGGAACACCUGGCCCGAGUCGCACAAGGGUCCCAUCAUCAACUACAUCGCCUCUUGCGACGGCGACUGCACCACUGUUGACAAGACCUCGCUCAACUGGGUCAAGUUCGAGGCCGGCGGUCUCGUUUCCGGCAGCGCCCCCGGCACCUGGGUCACUGACGACCUGAUCUCGAACAACUUCACCGCCACUGCCACCAUCCCGGCUGGCCUCAAGGCUGGCAACUACGUCGUCCGCCACGAGAUCAUCGCCCUCCACAGCGCUGGUCAGGAGAACGGCGCCCAGGCCUACCCCCAGUGCUUCAACGUCAAGGUCACUGGCUCCGGCAGCACCGCCAUCUCCGGCGGCGAGAAGGCCACCGCCUUCUACACUCCCUCUGACGCUGGCAUCAAGUUCAACCUCUACACCACCUUCGACAGCUACCCCAUGCCCGGCCCUGAGCUCUGGAGCGCCGCUGCCGCCAAGGUCCGCCGCCACGUCCGUGACUUCUUCUCCGCUUAA